UCAUAAAUAAAGGUCUAGUUGCGUGGCCUGAUCUUUAGUUCCACGUGUCUACCUCGAAGCAAUAUCCAGUAGAGUUUCUGUACUAAAAUCUUUAAGAGGUUUCUUUAGCUUAAAGACACUCUCCCCAUUAAUUAUAUAUUUUUCAAAUAUUCCUUAGAAUAUGCCAUUUUUAUACCUUGGAUGAAGCCAGAAUCAUAUGAUAUUCUCCUCUUAUGUUUGAUUUUGAACAUAAUGAUCUGACAGAGUUAGAGGUCAUUACAAUAUAGAUCAGCUUAGUAAGGAUGGGAGUGAGGUGGGAGUUUGAUGUUGUAUUUACUCUUUUCUUGUUAUUGGGGUUGAACAUAUUGUGGCUUGCCCAAGUUUGCGAAGGUGGAUUCACAAGUACUUACGUUAGAAAUGGUCAGUUAUCAAGGGAUAUGCCAUUGGACAGUGAUGUUUUUCGGGUGCCACCUGGUUAUAAUGCUCCUCAACAGGUUCAUAUUACUCAAGGAGAUCAUGUGGGUAAGGGUGUGAUUGUAUCUUGGGUUACUCCAGAUGAACCUGGCUCAAGUACGGUUCUUUACUGGUCAGAAAAGAGUCAACUGAAGAACAGUGCUGAGGGCAUUGUUCUUACUUACAAGUACUUCAAUUACACUUCUGGGUACAUCCAUCAUUGCUCCAUUUACGAUUUGGAAUUUGACACCAAAUAUUACUAUGAAGUUGGUAUAGGGAAUAGCACGAGAAAGUUUUGGUUUAGAACCCCUCCUAGUGUUGGUCCGGAUGUUCCCUAUACAUUUGGACUCAUAGGGGAUCUUGGUCAAACUCACGAUUCAAAUAGAACACUUACCCAUUAUGAGUUGAACCCUGUUAAAGGACAGGCAUUAUUGUUUGUUGGGGACCUUUCUUAUGCAGAUGCUUAUCCAUUUCAUGACAAUACUAGGUGGGAUACAUGGGGUAGAUUUGUAGAGAGAAAUGCUGCUUAUCAACCUUGGAUUUGGACUGCAGGAAAUCAUGAAGUUGAUUUCCUUCCUGAUAAUGGUGAGGGUAAACCUUUCAAACCUUAUAAAAACAGGUAUCAUGUUCCAUACAGAGCUUCAAAGAGUACAUCACCUCUGUGGUAUUCAAUCAAAAGAGCUUCAGCAUACAUUAUAGUCUUGUCUUCUUAUUCAGCCUACGGCAUUUACACUCCUCAAUAUAAGUGGCUUGAGAAAGAGCUACUGAAAGUGAACCGAUCAGAAACACCAUGGCUUAUUGUUAUCAUGCAUUGCCCAUUAUAUAGUAGUUAUGUACAUCAUUACAUGGAGGGUGAAUCUAUGAGAGUAAUGUAUGAACAAUGGUUUGUGAAGUACAAGGUAGAUGUUGUUUUCGCAGGCCAUGUUCAUGCCUACGAACGAUCUGAACGUAUAUCAAAUAUUGGAUACAACAUUGUCAAUGGAAUUUGCACUCCCAUAAGUGAUGAAUCUGCCCCAGUUUACAUAACAAUUGGAGAUGGAGGAAAUCUGGAAGGACUGGUGACCGAAAUGACAGAGCCACAACCAAACUAUUCAGCUUAUCGUGAGGCUAGCUUCGGUCAUGGGAUUUUUGACAUCAAGAACAGAACUCAUUCAUUUUUCAGUUGGCAUCGGAAUCAAGAUGGGUAUUCAGUAGAGGGUGAUUCUUUAUGGCUGCACAACAGAUUCUGGAAACCAUCACCUGAAGUUUCAACAAAAUCUUCAUCAUGAUUAAAAAGUUGCUGCUACUCAAGUGAGAGUUUCCCAAAACCAAGUCUUUCACAUCCCCUGUUUCAGUUUAUAAUAUUAAGAAGAGAGGUUAAAAAGAGCUAUUUGACAAAUUCAUCCUGGAAUGAAAAUCUGGAACUGAGAAGCAAUUAGGAAUUUGGAACACGUAAUGAUGUUACCAGUAAUGUAAAGACAAUUUCAAAAGACCAAUCUCUAUAUAAUUAUUAUGAGGUGCACCAUAGCAAUGCCCUUUAAAAAAAAAUUGGGUCUUUGUUUAUUAGGAUGUAGGAGUUAUAUUUAUAUGGAAAAAUAUUAUAGGGACACUAAGUAAAAUAUUUAAUUCUAUUUAUGAAAGGAAAAUUUGAGGUAUUAUGUUUAGGCCUACCCACGUACUCUUGUCUCUUCCCGUUUCCCCCUUCGGUCAAAAGACAUUGUAAAGCACCGCAUAUGCAUUCAUACUUCCUGCAGAUGCUGAAUAUUUCACAUCAGAUUAUUUAUUUUAUUAUGAACUCUUACAGUUAAA